UUUAAAAUAAUAAUAAAUGAUAUAUCAACAAGUGUCAUAGAAAGACUGGAAUAAUGAUUAUUCAUUCUCUCAAUGCCAUUUAAUAGUGAAUAUCAAAAACAUGGUGGUACCACAGAAUGUUGAUGCAUUGAAAAAAGAAUGCAUUGCAAUUGUGCUACAAAAGUUUUUCAAAGAAGAACAAACUUUGAAGCUUGCUGAACUACUUCACAAAAAAGAUGCAAUUUCUAAAAGUUGUCAUGACAAAGUGUGUAAAGGUCUUAAAAGCAAAGAGAAGUCUAAUGAGGAAAAGAUUGAAAAAAUUGUCAACUCAUUGGAACAACUUAAAUUUGUGAACUUUGAAUAUGCACUGUGCGUUGAAGAGUUUCCUGCCGAUCAAGAAACAAAGGAACUUUUAUUAUCAAUUCACAAGUCACAAACACCCCAUCUCUUUAUUCUGAUAAAAAACUGGAACCUGUUGGCUCAACCUGAAUGUUUUUCUGAAUUUAGAGACAUUCUGGGACUACAGUUAUCUGGAAGUUCGGAAGAUGAUGUUAUUAAAGUAAGAAAAAUGAUCAUUCUUGCACUUGAAAAACUUCACCAACCAGAUGAAGAGGGAAAAAAAGUUGUUGAAGCAGCUAUGGACUUUAUUGGGGAAAAGUCUGAAUUUAUCAAAUCACUAGCAUCAGAUGUUCAUACGGAUGAUCAAUCACAGCAGAAGACGAAAGGCAAUUCUGAUGAUAUUAAAAAUUCUGAAAGAAGUGAGUCUCAGUCACUUGAAGGAAAAAAUUAUUUAAGGCCUAUGAGCAGCAGCAUUUUGGGACAAAAUACAGAACUUUCUAUAGAGUUCAGAGCAUUAGUAGCUGAUACCAAUGCUUUGCCGACGAAUACAAUUUUACAUAUCAGAUUAGAGGGUUAUGGCUGGAAACCAAUUCCAAUGGAUUUUAAUGAAAGAAAAGGAUAUUUUACCUAUCGAUGCAUCUGUGACACAAGCUUCAAUGAAUUACUAAAAUACAAGUUUUGUUUUCCUAACAAUGGAGAAGAUCAUUCAUAUCUUAAGCAUGAAAGGCUGCCUUAUGAUAAUUUUGGUUACACUAAUCGUGAAGUCAGUCUCAGAAAGGUGGAGACACAACAAAUGAUCAUCAUUAGUAUCUGUUUAUUUGACCACUCUGGUUCCUGGGAACGAAGGUGCUGUGAAGCUAUGGAAAAAGUUCUUCCUCCAUUGGGUGUUUCUGAUAAUGAAACUUCAGCAGCUGUUGAUAUAUUCCUAUGGAUGAAUUGUGUUAAGGGCGGGUGGUAUAUCAACAGAAUAAAUUAUAAAGCACCAGAGAAUGUGUUUGAAAAAAUUUUAGUCAAGUGGCUCAGAGAUACCAAGGAAAAAAUGUCUAGUAAUAUCAAAGAUGUAUUGGAUCAACUAUCUGCAACUUUGUCUCUUGUUGUGUCCAUUGCAUAUGAAGAACAUAGAAUUUGUUCGAGUGAAUUGCUGUCUCUUCUGUUUCAAAUGCUGAGAAUUGAUCAACUCAAAUCUGACAAGGAUUGUAAAAAAUUGUAUUCAUAUGCCAUGAAACAAUAUGAGCAAUCCGAGAACUUAGGAAUCAGGUUGCCUACUUUUCGAGAGGCUAUUGAUUGGCUCUACAAGCAAAUACCUAGUAAACCGAAUAUGGAAUGGAUUCUAAGUUUGCCACUGUACUGGCUCAUGAUUCAUGGUGGAGACUCGAAAAAAGAAGUUCAGCUGAGGAAACCUAUUAAAAGUAUUUUGUAUUCACAAGCUAGUCUACCAAGGAUAAAUGACUUAGACUGGAACAAAGUGUGGCAAAGAUGUCGAACAUGCUCACAUGAAAGGCAAGUAUUUUCUUAUAUACUAAUCAUAUAA